CAAUGUUACAGAGAGGCUGCUUGUUCUGAGUGCAAUCAGAGAAGACUUUCUACACAGACUUAGUUUCAUAAUGUGGAAACACUUCAGGUGAAGGAGUCUUCUUUCUCUGAGAGACAUCGAGAGCAACAGCUCAAACCUGGAUUUAUUUAUUUUAGGUAGCUUCAGUUAUGACUAAUUGUCAAAAUCAACUUAAUCAUCUCCAUGGAUUUCUUAUUUCAAAGCACCUUUUCAGACAAAGGAACUGCAACAGGCCCUCAGCCCAGCAGUGAUGCUGGCAAUGCAGCACUACAACACUUCGGGCAUUAUCGCCUCCUUUCCCCUCUCUAACCAAACCACCAUGGUGCAGGAGCCUGGGGUGAAUGCUGUAUCCCAUGAUGCCACCAAUCAGUCCAAUCCCACAGGCGCCGGCAUCAGUAUGACUCUGGGCAUACUAUUCAACGUGGUGGCCCUCUUCAUUCUAGCCAAGGCUUACAACCGUUUCCGUCGCCGUUCAAAGGCCACAUUCCUGCUCUUUGCAAGCUCCCUGGUGGCUACAGACCUGGCUGGACAUGUUAUACCCGGAGCCCUUGUGCUGAGCAGGUACUCAGAAGGCAUUGGGUCAAAAGGUGAUCCUGCCCGCAGCUCUCAAAGCAAUCCUGAUGCCUCUUGUCUGUUUCUGGGGAGUUGCAUGGUGUUCUUUGGCCUGUGCCCACUCUUCCUAGGCUGUGCCAUGGCUGCUGAGCGUUGCCUGGGCGUCACAAAGCCUCUGCUGCAUGCUCGUCUGGUGACCACAGCACGGACAAAGAUAGCACUAGCCCUGAUCUGGCUACUGGCUUUAUGCGUGGCCCUUCUACCCUUCUUCGGAUUAGGUGAGUACACCCACCAACACCCGGGGUCAUGGUGCUUUAUCAGGGUGAUGGAAAACACUCAAGCGACCGAUCUGGCCUUUGUGAUACUGUUCUCUGGACUGGCUUUGAGCUCUCUGGCCUCGGCCUUUGUGUGCAAUACCAUCAGUGGGAUCACACUAGUGAGAGCCAGACUAAAGAAGAAGUCCAGCUCCCGACGCAGCUCGGCUAGGUCGCAUGACACUGAGAUGGUAGUCCAGCUGGUUGGCAUCAUGGUGACCUCCUGCAUCUGCUGGAGCCCUCUGCUGAUCUUUGGACUGAUGUCAGCCACACGGUCCUACAGGAAUACCCUGGGCGGUGACAUAGGCACUUAUAGGAGCCUGAUGGUGACAGGGGUCAGGAUGGCAACCUGUAACCAGAUCCUGGACCCGUGGGUCUACAUUCUACUGCGGCGUGCCAUCCUCAGGAAGAUCUACCGCAUCACUAAAAGGCAGGCCAGUUUCAAGACAAGCAAGUUCUACUCCGUCCGCUGGGAUGUCAACUCCUUUCAGAGCUCAGAGAAGAACAGUGUUAAAAAGAUUUAAGGGACUUACAGAGGAAGACUGACAAAAUGGCAGUCAGUUUUCAAGGGUUUCUGUCACUUGACAGCAGGAUCAGCACUGAGCCCAGGAACCUAUCGCCUGGAUCAGACUUCAGUGUUAAAAGGUCCCAAAUGAAACUUGGCUGGUGGGAAAGAGAGCCACCUUGGUUUAUGUGUAUGAAUUAUUAUGUGUUGGGAUCCCAAGUGGUUAAAAAUAGUAUCACAGGCUGAUGAUAACCUGUUAGGUUGUCGUAUGCAUGAGCCAGUGUUACACCACGGACGGAAAAACCCCCAAACU